AUGAAAUAUGUCACUCCUUUCUAUUGUGAUGCAAAGAAGAAAGAGUUUCUGGAUCUAGAGCAAAAGAGUAUUUCUAUUAUAGAGUAUCAACAUAAGUUUCUUAGGCUUUGUCAUUAUGCUGGAGGUAAUAUCUCUGAUGAAAAAGAUAAAUGCAGGAGAUUUGAAUAUGGGUUGAAUUACUCCAUCCGAAAAUCUGUGGCGGUCCUACAACAUGAGAAUUUUGACAAACUAGUUUCAGCUGCUCUUACUUGGGAAAGAAUCGACAAGGAAGAAGCUAGAAGAAAUGAGAACAAGUCAAGAAAAUCUAAUUCAGAUUAUCGAGGUCCAUCCGAAAAGGGGAAGUUUGAUCAUUCUAGGACUAGUAGUGUUCACAAGUUAGCUCAACAUAAGCUAAGUCGAUCAAAUUUUUCUUCUGCUAGCACUUCAAGUCAUGGCCAAAGCAAGACUCAUAUCCCCGCUUGUGCUCAAUGUAGGAAGAAUCAUUAUGGUACUUGCAGGAAAGCUUCUUGUGCUUGUUUUAAUUGUGGAAGCCUUGAUCACAAAGUGAAGGAUUGUCCUAAUCCUAAUCUUAUGUCUUCUCCAUAUUCUGAGGGCAGUCCAGAAACAUAUUACUACUCCUUCUCAAGGGAACAGAGAGGGAUGACCAAGAUGGAGUGGAUGUGGUACUUAUUUGUCUUAUGUGUUGUUACCUUGUUUGAUCCUGGUUCUACUCAUUCCUAUGUUUGCUCAUCACUUGCUUUUCCUGAAAAUGUGAAAUCUGUGAGACUUGACAAUGAUGUGCUUGUCAAAAGUCCAUUGGGUCAUCAAUUUGAUUGUGAUGUUUUUGUCAGUAUGGACUGGCUGCAUAGACAUCAUUCCCUAGUUGAUUGUAGGUUGAAGCGUGUAACUUUUAAAACUUAUGAAUACUCUGACAUAGUUGCUCAAGGAGAAAUAUCAUUAACUUCUAAUAUUAUUUCUGCGGUCUUGGCAAGGAAGAUGAUUCGUCAAGGUUGUGAUGCCUAUCUUGCUCACAUAGUGGAUACACAGUUGGAGAGUCCAAGUCUCAAGGACAUACCUACUGUGUGUGAUUUUCCUGAUCUCUUCCCGAAUAACCUCCCUGGGUUGCCUCCGGAAAGGGAGAUUGAGUUUCCUAUAGAUCUUGUUCCUGGAGCUACUCUUAUUUCUAUCACUCCUUACAGGAUGGCUCCAGCAGAAUUGAAGGACUUGAAGAUUCAAUUCCAGGAAAUUCUUGAGAAAGGUUUCAUUCGUCCCAGCAUUUCUCCUUGGGGAGCUUCUGUUUUAUUUGUGAAGAAGAAAUAUGGCACUCUUAGGUUUUAUGAUAUUCUGAUUUAUUCCAAGAGUGGGGAAGAUCAUGAUAAACAUCUCCGGAUUUUCUUGCAAACAUUGAAGCAGAGGGAACUCUAUGCUAAGCUUUCCAAGUGUGAAUUUUGGCUUACUGAAGUGGCUUUUCUAGGACAAAUUGUGUCAGCUGAAGGUGUAAAGGUGGAUCCUUGUAAGAUCCAAGCUAUUGUUGAAUGGAAACUGCCUAAAAGUCCAACUGAAAUUAGAAGCUUCUUGAGCUUAGUAGGAUACUAUAGAAGGUUUGUCAAAGGCUUUUCCAUUAUAGCCUCUACCUUGACUAAACUUUUGAGGAGGGAAGUCAAGUUCGCGUGGGAUGACAAAUGCCAAGAGAGCUUUGAAAAGCUUAAAUCCUUGUUGACACAAGCUCUUAUACUUACUCUACCAACUGAAGGGAAAGUGCAUUACUUGUAUGGAGAAAAGUUUCAUAUAUUUACUGAUCACCAGAGCUUGAAGUACUUAGGUACACAAAAAGAGUUAAACUUGAGACAACGUAGGUGGUUUGAACUCAUCAAAGAUUAUGAUUGCACGAUUGACUAUCAUCCGGGUAAGACCAAUGUGGUUGCAGAUGCUUUAAGUCGCAAAUCCUUUGCAAGUUUAUCUCUAAGUCCUUUGUCUUUGUUUCUCGAAUUAAGAGCCAUGAAUGUUUUUCUUGCAUUUAAUUCUGAUGGUUCCAUUGUUGUUAGUUUGCAAGCCAAACCAGUUCUACUUAAGCAAGUGAAAGAAGCACAGAAGUUAGAUGAGCAUCUCGUGAAAUUAGUCAAAGAGGUUCAAGAUGGGAAAAAGCUUGAUUUUUCAUUGAGAGAGGAUGGAGUACUAUUUUUUCAAGGUAGAUUAUGUGUUCCUAAAGAUGACAACUUGAGGAAAGAAAUUCUAAAUGAAGCACAUACUUCACCAUUUGCAAUGCAUCCUGGAGGUACUAAAAUGUACCGAACCAUCAAAGAACAUUAUUGGUGGACUGGUAUGAAGAAAGACAUUGCGGAGUUUAUUUCCAAAUGCUUGUUCUGUCAACAAGUAAAGGCCGAGCAUCAGGUCCCAGCUGGUUUGCUACAACCUUUGUCAAUACCAGAGUGA